CCGCCGCCCGUAGCCCGCCGGCCGCCCGCGCCCGCCGGCGCUCCGGCCUCGCGCGCUCCAUGGCGGCGCAGGAAUGGGACUGGUUCCAGCGCGAGGAGCUCAUCGGGCACAUCAGCGACAUCCGAGUCCAGAACCUGCAAGUGGAGAGGGAGAAUGUGCAGAAGAGGACUUUCACGCGGUGGAUGAACCUGCACCUGGAGAAGUGUGACCCGCCUCUAGAAGUUAAAGAUCUGUUCCUGGAUAUACAAGAUGGCAAAAUCCUCAUGGCUUUGCUGGAGGUCCUGUCUGGGCGAAGUCUGCUGCACGAGUACAAAUCCUCAUCGCAUCGUAUUUUUCGGUUGAACAACAUCGCAAAAGCACUGACGUUUUUGGAAGAUAGCAAUGUCAAACUGGUUAGCAUCGACGCAGCAGAAAUAGCGGACGGCAACCCCUCUCUGGUUCUCGGGCUGAUAUGGAACAUCAUCCUCUUCUUCCAGAUCAAGGAGCUCACGGGCAACCUCAGCAGGAACUCCGCGUCCUCCAGCCUGUCGCCCGGCUCCGGGAGCACGGAUUCCGACUCCUCCUUCCCCCCCACACCCACCACGGAGAGGAGCGUGGCGACGUCCGUGAAAGACCAGAGGAAAGCCAUCAAGACCCUGCUGGCCUGGGUGCAGAGGAAGACCCGGAAGUAUGGCGUGGCGGUGCAGGACUUCGCGGGCAGCUGGAGGAGCGGCAUGGCUUUCCUGGCCAUCAUCAAGGCCAUCGACCCCAGCCUGGUGGACAUGAAGCAGGCGCUGGAGGACUCCGCCCGGGCAAACCUGGAGAAGGCCUUCAGCAUCGCACACGAGGCCCUGCGCAUCCCCAGGCUCCUGGAUCCCGAAGACAUCAUGGUCGACUCGCCGGAUGAGCAGUCCAUCGUGACUUACGUGGCCCAGUUUCUGGAACGUUUCCCGGAGCUGGAAGUCGAGGACUUCAUGGAAUCAGAUAAAGAGAUCCCCAUCGAAUCCACCUUUGUCCGCAUCAAAGAAACCCCUUCGGAACAGGAGAGCAAAAUCCUGCUGGUGACGGAAAACGGGGAGUGCGCCUACACCGUGAGCCACGACACCAGCCACCCGCCACCCCCCAAGGUCUUCGUCUGCGACUCGCCCGAGAGCGUGAAGGGCACGUGCCUGAGCAGCAGCCGCGCCCUGUCCGACAGCUCCUCCGACUUCAUGCACCAGAUCAUCGACCAGGUCCUCCAGGGCAGCCCGGGGAAGACGGGCAGCACCGGCGAGCCGCCCCUGGAGUCUUCCAUCUUAGCCACCAGGAAGGACGGCCGCAGGUCCAACUCACUGCCCAUCAAGAAAACCGUCCACUUCGAGGCCGACGUGUGCAAGGACGCCUCCUGCAGCAAGGACCCCUUCUACACGCAAGACCUGCGCUUCGAAGGGAGCCCGCAAGUGGCGCAGGAUGGACAGGGGCCGGCAGCUGACGCCGCAGAGAACCAGGGGCUGCAGCACGAAGUCGCCAAGACCCCAGAGGCAGCCCCCAAAGGGGUCCCUGGGGGUGUCCCUGCGGCUGCCGGGCCCCUCGGCAGCUCCCAGCCUCCCUCUCCCUGCAAUGGCGCCGAGGAGAGCCCAGCAAGUCGUAGAGAAGAAAGUCACCCUCCUCCACCCCCCACAGAAGACACCCUGAUGGCCAGCUCCUUGGAGGUCAAGGUGAAGCUGCUGACCGUGGAGGCUAUGGACAAAGACGAGUGUUUCGACAGCAUACCAUUAAAAGCCUCGAAGUUUAGCAACGACCUGGUAGAUUUUGCUUCCACCAGCCGAGCUGUCGGCGAGGUCCCUUCCCCUCGUGAGAAGACACCUGCUGAGGACGAGGGCUUUGAGGAUCAGGAUGAAAACGUAGGUAAAAGCAGCGCCAAGUCCGCCCACAAAAGGCAGGAGUCCUCGGAAUGCCAGGUGGAGUCCAGCGAACAUGAACUUCCCAGCGAUGCUGGACCGGAAGAGACAGCAGAGAGAAAGCCAGAGGUGUACGAAAAGGCCAAGAGGAAAUCCACCUGCCGCCGUCGCCGCAGCCGUGGGGAGGGGGAGGAGGAGGAAGGCGAAGGCCUGCAGGGGCCUGGCGGGGAGCUUCCUUCCAACCCCACCAGCAGCAGCGUCAGCCUGGAGAGGCUCGGGAGUCCCGGCAAAGACGGCGUGGACUUCACACCCUCGCCACCGCUGUCCAAGGUCUCGGUGAUCCCGCACGACCUCUUCUACUACCCGCACUACGAGGUGCCCCUGGCUGCGGUGCUGGAGGCGUACGCCGAGGGCACCGAGGACUUGAAGAUGGAGGAGAUGGAUCUGGGCGAGCAGGAGGGGGGCUGUUUGCACGACCUGCACCCCAGGGAGGAGGCCGACGCCUCCUGGAGCAGCUACAGCUUCUCGGGGCCAGGCGAGGGCCUCCCGGGGGCCAGCGACCUGGGGCCGGAUCCCAACAAGGGUGCCACGGGUGCCACCCCGGCUUCAGAUCCUGCCCCUCCAGACCCCCACGAGGACCACCAGCCGAGGCAGACCGAAGAGAGUGACCCUGUGGAGAGCCAGCAGUCCCAGGACCCCCCAGGCUUGGAACCUGUAGCAAACCCCUUAGAAGCAAAGGUAGUGGAAGAAUCGAUCAGCAGUAAAAAGAAGGAGAAACGGAAGCACGUGGACCACGUGGAAAGCUCAUUGUUUGUAGCGGCUGGGGCUGUGCGAUCCUCGGAUGACCUGGAAGAUGACCCCGGAGACCGCAGAGUCCCGUCCAGGACUAGCCACAGUGACUCCAGCAUUUACCUGCGGCCACAUACUAAUAGGUCUUUGGAAUCGGAUCAUUUUAGCUAUGUUCACUCGAGGAACGCAGCUGAUCCGGAUGACAGGAGGCACCGAAUACUAACCAGGAAGGCCGACAACUCGGGCGAAGCCGCGGCGCCAGGGACGCACAGCCCGCACAGCGACUCCCUGACCCAGCUGGUGCAGCAGCCGGACCUAGUGUAUUUCAUCCUCUUCCUGUGGCUCCUGGUUUACUGCCUGCUGCUCUUCCCACAGCUGGAUGUCAACAGACUCUGACGUGUGUCUGGAUAAUAAAGAGACAGGACCCUGAGCAGGGGAGGGGUCUUUUAUAUCUCGGGUUCUGGGCGGGGUCCUGCCUCCCGAGGAGGCUCAGGCCGCCUCCCCCUGUUGUUGCUUCGGGUUCCUGUUUCCUUGUCCUUUGGUGAGACCUGAGCAUGCUUUUCUCCUGGACUGUGUGCCCAGAACUCAGGCGCAGCUUGGUCGGAGAGUAACCAUCCUUACUUAUAUGGAGCCCAAACUCAGAUGUUAGCUCAUCGCAAAUGCAGAUUUUUAAGGAGCUCUUGGAUGCGGGUCCCAGGCUGAGCCCCCGCUUGUGGGAGACCUGCUACCCCGUCCUCCAGGAGGGUGUGUGAGUGGAGCUGUGGGGCUCUGGCACCUGUUGCUACCUGGUGAUCGCUGGACAAGCACGACCAGGGAAUGGUGAAACCAGGGAAGCCAGAGAAGGUGGUGUUAUAGCCACGGACCACUUCGCUCACCCUGGUUUCGGGGUGGUGGGGUGCACUUGGAAUUCACGCUUGUGUUGUUUGGAUUGGAAAGAGCGGGGAUUUUAAAAUCUUUUCCAUCUAGGGGUCAGUCUAGACGUGGCAUUGAAAGCAGAGCUCUGGUUGGGGUGGGCCCUGAGACACUCCCCACCCCCCCAGCCUCACUGACUGCUCCUGAGACUCCUGUCUCGUUCUCAGGGUCCCACAGGGAAGAACCUCCAGGAGGACUAGAGGGGGGCGGGGCUGAUGUUGGACGCACAGGAGUCACUACCGCGUGCACCUGCCUCAUGGCGUGGACAUCCUUGGUGCUUGGUUGCCAUGGGUUUCUCAAAGACGCCUUCUGGGAAGCACCGGGAGUGGGCAGGGCAGGUGGUCUGUGCAAGGAGGGAAGCCCGCUCCCCACUGACACCUUCCACGGCCCUGGGUUCCCUCUCCUCUUUUUCUUGCCAAAACCCAGGUCAGUGGAGACCAUGUGCUGCUCCCUGCCCCCACCUCCCAGGAAGCACGUAGUAAGCCCCCCUGGUAAGAUAGUGCACUGUUAGGAGAGGCCUCUGGGAGCAGCUUGUUUAAUCUAGCCCAGGCGGCAGAGCAGGUUGGCCAACAACCCACAAGGGACAAACUUGAAGGAGCUCACCGGCUGGGGCUGCCACCUCUGAUAGAUAACUUCCACCCACGCACCAAUAUCUGAAACAAAGAUAAAAUGGCCGGAUAAAAGUCCUCAUUUAGCACAUCCGAACAUCGUAGGCCAGCUGUCAACCUUAGUUUUGCUCCUGCAUUCUGCCCAUGAAGAGGUAGUGUUCGCCUUCGACCUCAGCGCCUGUUCCCUCUGGAACAGCCCGGCCGGCCUUGUCACUGAUGUUCUCACUCCAGGAAUCGCAGGACCUCGCUUAAGCCAAGGAGCAGGUUUCAAGUCUGCAGAAUCCCAGCAGGGAGGGCCCGUCUGCGUGGAUGACAGCCCGAUCUGGCCUCGCCACCAAUCCUGAAUGUGGUCCAGCCCUCGACUUGCCCUCGCCAAGAGAAUGGCCGUCCCCUGGCCAUGAGCUGUUGGGAGCUUGGAGUGAGUCCAUCCCAGAGGCCAAGAACUCGGUGGAAAAAGAGCUAAUUGAUGAGCCCCUGGUGUGGGAGGCUGGGAGGUGCAGAUGGUCACGAGUGCGUGUGUGAUCCUUGCAAACCCUGGCACCGCUGGAUCCCUGCUACGUUAGCUGUUUGAUGAGCUGGGGAGGGGCUGACCCGAGAGUGAAUCAUCUCCUGUUACGUGUCCAGACCCCAUUCAGAAAAAUCUCCGUCGACAACUUGCAACAUUGCAGAGAAUGGCCGCUGGCGCCGUGCCUGGAAGUCCUUAGGUUCGGGCUGGCACUAAACUGAUUUUUUUCUUGAAGGGCGGACAUCUCAUUUGAGUCUCUGCUGACUUGGAUGAGGCUGGAUGUGGGAGGCUAGGGGACAGGCCACCCCUCUGCAGGUGAGGCUUUUCUCUGGUUCCCUGGAGGUCACCACGUUUGACUCUUAGCUGUUUCUUUGCAUUUUUACGUGAUGUGCUCACCCUCUCCUGUUAAGCUGUGUGUAGAAACAUCGGCUGACUUGCUGUCAACGGUCAUGAGCCUUUAGCCUUGCCGGCACCCUGAGUGUGGCUGCGGCACGGUAUCUAGAUCUCCCUAGGGUGCGGUGUGGACGGCACUGCGGGUGUCUGAGGAGCGUGUGUGAUGCCCCCGCCGUGACUUCUUAGUGGCCUGAGGAAGGGGAGUGCAGGAUUGCAAGUUAAGUAUUGCAAAUGUUUGCAGCCUCAGUCUCGAAAGUCUAAAAGAGCCAUCCUCGUGUGAUUUCCUGUCUUCCUUGUGCCCUUACCCACGAGUGGCUGAGCAUAGAGUUCUGAGUGGAAGAUCACGCCCCGCCCCCACUGUCCUGGUCCCUGGGCCUUGGCAGGGGCUGGGCUGCCUCUCUCUCUCCCUGGAAACGCUCCUGGUCUCCUCCUUGGAGUUGCCUGCACUGCCUUGGUGCGGGUCCGGUGCUGCUGCGCCUGGUGCUGACGUCCCUGGCAGGUGUCUUACCUUCUCUCGUAGCUACGUUCUUUCUCUCUGAGCUACCUGCUGUUCCAGUGCGGAACCUCCUAAGCGGAUCCUGUAAUAUUUGUAUCUUUUCUGUUUCUCAUCUCUUUAUGGUCCUGGUCUGCUUUCCCUGAAGAAUAUCCCACUUUAUCUUCCCUAGGAGGAAUGUCGGGUUUGAUUUUGGAUGGUGAGACGUUGUGGUGGCUCCUUGUUUUGUUACCCAGUGGCCUGUGCAGUUCCCGUGUCUCUCUGUGGAUGCUGAUGCGUGUGUUUGGGGAUGCACGGUGCUGCUCCCUGCUUCGCCUUUUUGUCUUAGAGUCCCCAUUCUCUGGGUGGGCUCAAUCUCAUGUCCCAGGUUUUCCUGGGACAUCUGUUCAUGCCGUAGCACUGUUCCAGUUAAGAGCCAGGCAGCAAGAAGCCGAGUGGGCGCUCUGUGUGUCAGCUGUGGCUUUUCUCUAAGGCCAGCAGGUGGGCACCUGGACUCACUGCUCGGGAACCCUACUAGGUGUCAGUAUUUGCAGGUUUUUCCUCUGGAACCCAUUUUUUUUAGAGCUAUUUCCACUGUUCUCCCACCUGGCAAAGAAGGACAUACACAGGGCUGCAACAGCCAUAGCGCACCCUUGGGAAAUUUCAAAAUUGGUAUCCAUGGGGCAGAAACCACCCAGAACACAGACUUGACCCGCAGAGACCACCUCUGCCCCCUCCUCCAGGCAGACGCCACAGGUUUGCUUCCUGCGCCUCCUGGAUCUUCUGCCUCCCGUGACACUAGUCUGCAGCAGCCACGUGGCUUCUGGGGCUCUCUUUGCUACCCUCACUUCAUUUAGGAAACGAGUUUGCCGACGAAGCAACGGUUUGGGUUCUCUGUUGCCUGGUACUUGGAACAUGGCCGGCAUUUCCUUCUGGAAGUUUGUGUCUUGCCCUCCUUGCGACUACAGGAUUGUCAUGGGCUUCCUGGUCAUGGGAGAGGGGCUCCCCCAGGGCCUGGGACAAGAAGUACUGUGCCCAGGACGUGUGUGUUCAGCGUGGGGACCCUGCCCCCUGCAGUGCUUGCCUGCUACUUGGUGGCAGGGUCAGAAGCACUGGGCAGCCUGCACAGUGGAUCUCUGUGAGUCACUGAUGAUCUGCGAGCCCUAGGGAGGGUGUGGGGGCCCCUGGCCUCUAAGGCAUGAGAGGCGGGAGCUCAGAAAGGGGGAGUGACUCACGCUCUGCUGGCUGGAGGCCUCGGGUCAGCCAUACUCAUUCCCAAGUACAUCUUCUCCAGUGUGACAGCCUUCGGCGGCGGCUGCUGACCUCUGCGUGCACCCUCCCUCCCCAGCUUGCCAAGGACCCAGAACACCCGGAGCUAAUGGAGUGCGUGCCUCCCCACACGUCCGUGUCGGUUGUGGCUGCUUCUAUCUGUCGGUCCUCUUUCUCUGUUUGUCCGGGAGGGCAGCUGCGCGUGAACUCUUCCACCCUUUUGCUUAAACCUCAGGAGAGGCUCCAGGAGCGGCAGUGGAGUUUGGAGGCGUGGCCUCUUUUUCCUUUGUGCCGGAGCCCCCUUCCUCAGGGACCCACUCUGAGCCCCUCACCUGUCUUCCUCGGGAGUCCCAGAAGUGGGCCGUGCCGGAGCUUCCGGCCACCAUGGCUUCUCAGAGCCUCCCCAGAGACGCUCUUGCCAGGAUGCCAGAGCCCAGGUGCGGUCCUCAUUUGACACCACAUCUAGGGGAGAUGAACCGUCCCGGGCCUGCAGCGCCCCUGCAUCAUGAGUUGUUCUCCCGGCCCAGCCUGCUCUGACCUCCAGGUCCGGGACCUGGGUUGGGCGGUUGAAGCCAGGGGCCACCACGGGUUGCCCGUGACGUCUGUUGGUGCAGGAGGCGCCUCUCGUGGGCACCUCCUGAGGAGCAAGUCAGCAGUGCAGGCAGGUGAGCUCAGGGCGAGUAGUCGUGCAGGUGGCCCGAGGUGUGAGCCGACUCUCCCACUCCCCCCGUGUGUCUUCGCGCUCCCCCUGAGCACCCAGCUCUCCUCGUUCGGACCUUUAAGGGCCCCAUGGUGGCCUUUGGGCCUUGCCAUUACUGCAUUGUUGUGUGCGGGACAGGGCCCGGGAUGUGCCUGGUCGAGUGUGGGGUGCAGAACAGAGACCUGGACUUGGCAGGGGCCAUCAGCCUCCCUGAGCUGAGUGUUCUGGACCUGCUGCCCUGUGGGCCGUGAGGAUGCUUAGCUGUAUUUGGCGUUUGUGCCGAGAGCCUGGAGAGAAACACAGCAGCGAGCAGUUGUCUCUAGCCAAGGUCGUGGCAGCAGCAUGCCUAAAAUACUCCCCACCCCGUGGGAAAAAAGACAACCAGUAUUCUGUGCUGUUUGGCCAAGUUGUUUUUAAAUAGCAACUCAGCAAGCCGUGGCCCUGAGACCCUGCUGACCCUUGGACGCCAAGUAGCUGCUGCCUGCGAGGGUUUCCUUAAAUGAACCAUUGCCUUGUUUUUGUUUUUUAAGCUCUCCGGGAGGCGUCCUGGGACUAGGAGAGAGGGCAGGUUGGGGGUCAGCCAGAUCUAGUUUGGGAUCCCUGCUCUGUCGCUGGAUUUUGGGGUGGCGUUGGGCACGUUGGUGGCAUCCCUCUGAGCUCCUAUACAGGGGACACACUCAGCACACACCUGUUUAAUGAACGGGGCCUUCCUUGCCAGCCUGUGGUGGGCUUGCAGGCUUCGUAGGAGCCCUCGCUCUCCACGCCCCUCCUCCCCGGGCGACGACCACCUCUCUUUUCCCAGCGUUCAGUUUAUCAUGGCUUCCCCAGUCCCGCACCUUCCUGCCGGCCGCCCUGUCUCAACUUCAAACACUUGCCUUUCGCCAUAGGAGGUGUAAGCCCCGUACACUCAUGUAUACAUUUGAACCUUCCCACGGUCAUGGGAGGUGUUAACUUCAGGGAGGAAGCCAAAGCACAGGAUGGGAAAGCAGCGAGGUUGUAGCUCGGAGCUGGCAAGUGGCAGAACCGGAAACGGAAUGUGGAGACUGAUUUUCAAACGUUGAUUUUCACUCUCAGCUUCGUGCUCAGGAAAGAGUUGUGCCCUAGCGAAAUGCCGGUUCUUGGAGACUUUGGCUCAGUUGGCAAGUUGUGGGCGGGAAGAUAAGGUUUACUUCUCACCUCGCCGUCCCCUGCACCUGCUGGCGCCCAGCCCUAUAUCCUAGCUGCAGCAGGCUGCCCUUCGUACUCACAUCAAAAGGAUUAGGGAAGUCCCAGUUGUGUUUGAGCCAAUGGAUGCAACUAUGCAACCAAAGUGACUGCUUCCAAAGAGCCCGGCCCAGCAAAAUCGCAGCAUCUAAAAUGAAAGAGGGUUCUUCAGGGACUUCAGCCAGCUGCAUCCUGCUCCCAGCUGUUCCUCUGGCCUCCUCCAACACUCACUUCUCAGCGUAGGAAAUGUAGCAAAAAAGCAAAGUGGAGUAUGCCUGGGCAGAGCGAGGUUGAAUUGUGGGGGGGGAGGGGUGGGCAUGGGGAGGAAUUUGGAAAGCAGUUAAGUCACCACCCAGCGCCCUGCCUCCCACAUCGUAGUGCCCGGGUUUGAGCCCCAGCGCUGCCUCCCAUCCGGCUCCCUGUCGGUGUGCACCCUGGCAGGCUCAGUAGUCGAGGCCCUGCUACUCACAUGGAGAUCCAGAUUGAGUUCCAGGCUCCUGGUUCCAGCCUGGCCCAGCCCUAGUUCCCUGGCUGUUACCGGUGUUUGGGAGCUGAACCAGCACAUGACAUUCUGUCUGCCCCACCCCCCUCUCUGCAUUUGAAAUAAAUAAAUAAAUAUUUAAAAAUUUUUAUGUAUGCGAAUGGAGACUGAAUUGUAUGGAUGAAGUCAUGCCUGGUUGGUCUUUGAUAUAGGGAUCAUUAUUUUUCCUUUGUUUCAAGUUUAAAAAUUGUGAUUUUUGCAUUAGUACCCAAAAAAUAGAAAAUUCACUGGAUUUUUUUUAAAAACUGAUUUUUUUUGGUAUUUAUUUGAAAGCUAGAAUUACAGAGAGAGGGAGAGGCAGAGAGAGAGCUCGUCUGUCUGCUGGUUCACUCCCCAAAUGGCCAGGGCCGGGCCAGACCAGGCCAAAGGCAAGACUCAGGAGCUUCAUCUGCGUCUCCCAUGUGGCCCGGGGGCCCAAGCACUUGGGCCAUCUUCCGCUGCUUUUCCGGGUGCCUUAGCGGGAAGCUAGAUUGGAAGUGGAGCAGCUGGGGCUUGAACUGGUACCCACCUGGGAUGCCGGCAUCACAGUCUGUGGCUUAACCUGCUGUGCCACCACACUGGCCCCUCUUGCAGUAGCCACCUCUUUGAGCCCCACUGGGUUCCAGAGGAGCAUACUCUGUGCGAGCUCCUGCCAAGGAGCAGAGCACAGGGGGGAGUGGCCCAAAGGUCACGCAAGCGCUGAGACACUUGGCUGCGAGAGCUCUGGGAGUGCCUGUACUGUGGGGACCUGGGGAUCAGGAACCCACAUCUGAGCUCUGCUCACCUGUAGACAACGUUUAAAAAGACCUCUCUAGGUUUAACAAUCCAAAGGGUAGCACGUUUAUUUUUGUGUUUCCAUGAGUGGCCUAUUGCUUAAAAUGAAUGCACUUCUCUAAAUAAGCGAGCUUUGCCUCUUUGCUUUUAUGUGUGAGAAAGGUGCCUUUGGGAAAAGCUGGGAAAACUGGCCGUUCACGGUGUGGGAUGCAAGUUGGAGUAGAACCUGGGGGAUCUGCCUCUCGGGGCUCCAGGGUGGAGUUUGUCUCAAGUUAGCGUCUGAAAUUGACUCAACUCCCAAGGAAUUUCUUUUGGAUUUGGAAGUUCAGCUGCAGGCGUACAUAGCUGUGAACGGCUAGACUCUUCCCCGUCCAUGAGUAUGGGCUUGAACUACGCCAUCAGCCAAGACUUCCACUUGGCGUCCCAGCUGUCCAUGAGGCAGUAGCGUCAGCCGAGGCUGGCAAGUCUGUGGACAGUGCCCUGAAGGUGGGAGUGGCGCCUGCGGGGAGCUGUGCUGACGACGACACCUGCCCUUUGCUGUGGAGCGUGGACCGGAUCAGGGAGCCUGCGUCACUCGCAUCGGGCUGAUACUGGCUGAAGACCGGCAGCAAGACAGGGAAAUGGUUGUUCCCCGCUGUGUGCCAUGGGGACGCGUUAUGAAGCCUGGUCGUGAGUGUGUCAGAGCCAUCGCGUUGCAGGGUAACCGAUGUCGUCUUUGUGCUGGGCUCCCGGAUACAUGGAACAGAUGUAUUAAUGUUACUGUGAUGUCACGGCAGGGCUUAACUGUCAGACUUUUUACUGAGAGCUCCAAGAGAACUAUUGAGGGGAAAAGUGAGAUGUUAUUUUGUAGUACAAGGAUUAUUUUGUCUGUUUAUAGAUGCUUAGGAACAACUUUGUAAAAAAAAAGGAGGGGGGGACUUUGUAAAAAAUUAUUGUAUGAAUGUAUACUCUUAUUUAUUGAUUAUUGUAAAUUAAGAUAUAAAUGGCUAUUUGCAUAAUUUAUACUGGUGGGAAAUUAGCUGGAGCAUUUGUUAUUUGACUGUUUUCUAUUAAGGAAUAUUGGGUUUGGUGCUAUGAUGAAUGAUCUUGUAAAAUUAUACAUCUUCUUCAGGAGAUUUUUGAAUAUAAAUUCCUUGAAUUGACCAUC